AAAAUGUUCUCCGCUUCGCUCUAUUUUCUCUUUACUUUAUUCCUCUUCUUGAGAUUAAAUUUUAAUGUUGUUGGAAUGGAUUUGGACAGAAAUGGAUGUGGAAAAACUAAAGGAUGUCUUUUCAGACCUAAUGGAUGUAAUCCAAUGCUGGAUUGUGCUAUAGCAAUUGUUUUUACAAUUUCUGGGAAGAAUCAAUUAUAUAUCCAGAUGGCAGCACAAAGUAUUUAUCCUCCACCACCACUUCAAUAUAUUGCUAUUGGAUUUUCACACGACAAAUUAAUGGGAAACGAUUUUGUGAGUGAGUGUGUACUUAACACUGAUGGAAGUUUAUUUAAUGAUGUAGAAGUUUAUGCUUCCUAUAAUUUAGAAAAGUCUAGAAAUGACAGAACUUUGUUAAAUUCUACAGAACAUUCCUUGUUGUAUGGUAAUGUUGAAGGAAAAAUGGAAGAUGGACGUCUUUAUUGUUCCUUUACUCAAGCAAUUCGCCCCCAAUUUUCCCUUUCUUCAUCUCGAUCAAAUUUAAUUUGGAAUUUGGACAAACCAUUUUGGAUAAUGGGGGCGACUGGAGGUGCUCAACCUGACGAAAUCAAUUCACAUGACACAGCAAGAGGUUCUCAUUUUUACCCAAUAUUAUCCUCAAAAGUUAUUGAUAUUUCAACUACUUCAUCAAAACAUUAUGAUUUACCUAUUCAAUAUCAAGAAAAUGAAACUAAAAAAUUUAAUAAAGUUAAUGGAACAACUACACCAAUUAAUUCUGCCUUUAAAAGAUUAAUUGGAGGAGGGUUGUUAAUUAUUUCUUUUAUUCCCUUAAUUGUUACAAAAAUACUUUUUCUUCGAAUCUAAUAAGUCUUGAAAAUUAAUUUUUUGGAUGAACAAAAAUUUUAAAAAAAAUUUAAUUUUUCAGAAAAAAAUUUUCCAGGGGGUCUCAUGCCCCUAAAAAUUAAAAAAAUUUUUUCUAAAGGUUCCCCUUCUUAAAUAUUUUUCUAUUUUUUGUUCAUCCUUUUUCUGCGGGAAUUUAAAAUUCUAUAAAAAAUUAAAUUUUCCGCAUCUUACGGGUAUGUAUUUAAAUUUUAUAGCAACUCUAAUAGAACCUAAAUACCAUCAAUUAUUUUAUAAAAUAUUUUCUAAAAUAAUUAUUAAUCUAUCUAUC